AUGAAGGGGUGCAUUUUUAAUAUUGAUGCAGGAUACCUAGAAGGCCUGUGCAGGGGCUUUAAGUGUGGUAUUUUAAAACAAGCUGAUUACCUUAACUUGGUACAGUGCGAGACCCUGGAAGACUUAAAACUUCACCUUCAAGGAACUGACUAUGGAACAUUCUUAGCGAAUGAGCCCAGCCCACUCGCUGUGUCUACCAUUGAUGAUAAACUACGUGAAAAGCUCGUCAUCGAGUUUCAGCAUCUCCGCAAUCAUUCAGUGGAACCCAUGUCCACAUUUUUGGAUUUUAUCACUUACAGCUACAUGAUUGAUAAUAUUAUCUUGUUGAUCACUGGUACUCUUCACCAGAGACCUAUUUCUGAAUUGAUUCCGAAAUGUCACCCACUGGGUUCAUUCGAACAAAUGGAAGCUAUACAUGUAGCAGCAACACCAGCUGAGCUUUACAAUGCUGUUUUGGUGGACACCCCACUAGCACCAUUUUUUGUAGACUGCAUCAGUGAACAAGAUUUGGAUGAAAUGAAUAUUGAGAUUAUUCGUAACACACUAUACAAGGCAUAUUUGGAAGCUUUCUAUGAGUUCUGCAAGCAAAUUGGUGGAACUACAUCUGAUGUUAUGUGUGAGAUUUUAGCAUUUGAGGCUGACCGGCGUGCCAUUAUUAUUACUAUCAAUUCCUUUGGAACUGAACUUUCAAAGGAUGAUCGUGCAAAAUUGUACCCACGCUGUGGUAAACUUAACCCUGAUGGAUUGGCUGCUUUAGCCCGCGCGGAUGACUACGAACAAGUGAAAGCUGUUGCGGAGUAUUAUGCAGAAUAUUCUGCUCUCUUUGAAGGUGCAGGAAGCAAUGUUGGAGACAAGACAUUGGAAGAUAAAUUCUUUGAGCAUGAGGUAAGCUUGAAUGUAAUGGCCUUCUUGCAACAAUUCCACUUUGGAGUAUUUUACUCGUACCUAAAGCUAAAGGAGCAAGAAUGCAGGAAUAUUGUAUGGAUCAGUGAGUGUGUGGCACAAAAGCACCGUGCUAAAAUUGAUAACUACAUUCCCAUAUUCUAA